AUGUGGCAUGCUUGCUGCGGCUUUAUGUACAAUGAAAGGACUAAGCCAAACAUCAUCGGGCAAGAAAUUAAGCUAAAGUUACUGUGGCUGGUAUUAGGUAUUGCCAUGGUGCGGUUUUAUAUACAGAAAGGAACACAUAGAGGCUUAUUCAGAAGCGUUCAAAAGACGCUUAAAUUUUUCCAGACAUUUGCUUUGCUUGAGGUAGUCCACUGUGCAGUUGGAAUAGUUCGCACAUCUGUGCUUGUGACUGGGGUCCAAGUGAGUUCAAGAAUCUUCAUGGUGUGGUUCAUUGCACAUAGCAUAAAACAGAUCCAGAAUGAGGAGAGCGUUAUUCUUUUUCUGGUCGUAUGGACUGUGACAGAGAUUACUCGAUAUUCCUUCUACACAUUCAACCUGCUCAACCAUUUGCCAUACUUCAUUAAAUGGGCCAGAUACAACUUUUUUAUCAUUUUGUAUCCUGCUGGAGUUGCAGGUGAACUGCUAACCAUAUAUGCUGCUUUACCCUAUGUGAAGAAAACAGGAAUGUUUUCACUGAGACUUCCCAACAAAUAUAAUGUCUCCUUUGACUACUAUUACUUCCUUAUUAUUGUCAUGUUCUCCUAUGUGCCAUUAUUUCCACAACUCUACUUCCACAUGCUGCGGCAGAGAAGAAGGGUGCUUCAUGGAGAAGUGAUUGUGGAAAAGGACGAUUGAAUCAAGCCGUGUAACUAUGGUGCUUUUAAAGGAAAAAAAAAAGGGGUAAAAACCCAAAACUUCCUGUGAUUUUUCUGAGUCCAAGUUUAAAACAUGGAACAAGAAUAAACAACUGUGCAUAAAACAGCAUGGACUGUA